AUGCUAGCGCCGCAUUCACCUGCGAGGCUACCUCCUUAUCUCGUACUAUCAGUUUUAACAUUUGAAAACGCGACCCAUAUUUUAUAUUUGUAUUUACGUGUCGUGAAGUUAUUUCUAGUUUAUUCACAGUGGAUAUAUCCUUUACAGGUUAUAUUGAAGCGGCCGUACCCGGCUAGUAUGGAGGAGUGCAAGAAAAGAGCACAAGGCACGAAAGUUUCUAAGAUAGCGAAUAUUUUUCAAGGAAUGCCUUCAAGGGACGACGAAGACAUGCGUGGAAGUGAUGUGACAGUUGUGCGAACUGAAAGCCAUUUGGCCAGAUUUAAUAAUGCUAGGGCUCUGUUUGAAAAAUUAGGUGAAGAAAAUCGUAAUUUUCGUAUUGAGAAGUCUCCAUCCGCGGCCGCCAGUUUUGCCGGUACUCGCGGUGUCCUGCCGGUGGUUCCAUCUCGUUCACGUUCAAGUUCCGCGGGAUCUGUCAGCCCUACGCGGAACACGGCGACUGGACAUGUGAGUUUGGGUUCCACGGUUGUCAACGGUGACCGACUUUCUAAUGGUGCUGGUCAACAGCCUCCCCCCAAGCCAAUUAAACCUAGUGUUCUUCCAAAGCCAGAGAAACCAGACAGAAGAUUUAAUAAAGAACUCAUAGAAAAACAAAGAAAUUGGACGGCACACUUCAAUAAACAGCGGCCGAGUAGACAUGAUCAAGAUCAGAGGAUAGAAAAUAGAUCAACUGCUUUCCAAGACAGAAGAUCCCCUGAAGUGGCGGACAGACAUGUGGUUCCGUCACGAGUUUACUCGCCUCCUCUGUCACCAGGGGCCGGUGAUACACAUAUAGAACGUCCAAGUACUCUUCCUUCUGCUUUAGUUAGUCGAGGUAUACAUGUUGCGAAAUCACCUAGUCCUAAUAAAAAUAUUGCUCCUGUAUUACCUUCACCUAGAUCUAGUAAUGUAGUAUCACCCACACACAGAACGGAUGUCCUCAUUUCACCCUCAGUUAAACGAGAUGAUCUUAUCUCUCCAGUCAGACAUAGUGCGCAAAAAAGUGAUGCCUUAGAAAAACCUCAAGUUUAUUACGGCAGAGGAUCCGUUUCACCUGAUACAAAAAAAAGUAUUAUAGAAAAAGAUGAAUUAAAAAUAGAAGCAAGUUCGAAAUCUGUAACGCCGACAGAGAACUUUAUCCCUACAGAAACUCCUUCGAUACCUUCUAUUGUCGAUGAUAAUUUAAGUUUCAUAUACAACAAACCGUUACCAUCCCCACCAAUUUGCGCACCGAGAUCUCCGCCACCGCCUAUACCGGAGACGAAGCCCAUCGUUUCGGGUUCGUUGGAAUCAGUUACUGAAGUUAACGAGAUAACCUCGUGUAUAUCAAAAGUGAAUAUUUCAAACGAUGAUGUUGAUUUCGUUAAUGAUAUCAUAAAGGAAUCGCGAGUCAUUUCGUCUAUAGCACCAGCUGAUAAUGAAAAUGAAGCGAAUGUAUCGGAAGCGUCUGUCAUACAAACGCCGGACGUGGAUGUUGUUCCUAGAUCACCUCUGAAGAGCCAAGAUGAUGAUUAUGAGACUGUGAACUAUAGUGAUUGGGAUGACAAGAGUAAACGGAAAUCAUUAACUUGUGAUACAAACAGUGCAGUUCUUGAGGAAGAAGCCCCGAAGUCGCUCGAACCUGAAUUGGCUUCACCGGGACGUGACCCUGAGUUUUCACCGUCUCCCGCACCAACCCCUGCUCAUGUGGGUGUUGGUGGCAAGUCAUCGGAGGCCGAGACGGUAGCAAGAGGAAGGUCUCGAGCCUCCAGCGUGUCGGAUGAGGGCGGGUUCAAUGAACCCUCGCCGGAGGUGGUAGCGAGACUUCGCCCCGCAGACUACCGCGACCCUCACCAGCCUCAGCUGACACACGACAUACGGGACGCGGAGCGGGCACGAUCAGACCCCGACACGUUGUCUGUACUGCAACAGGACUCCGGUGUGGUAGUGAGUGAAGCGAGCCAGGGCUCCAUCGAGGUGCUCGACAAAUCGACCACCAGCCAAUGGAGUGUGUCGGAGGAGCCGGCCGACGACGCCAAGCAGCCCGACAGUAUGACGCCCGACGAAGCGGAGAUACUGCUCAGCUCCAGUAUACUGGAGAAAAAACUUAGGCAAGAAGCUCUGCUGUCGGAUGAGCAGGCUCAAGAGAUAGUGGCCCUUCUGUCACCUCACGCGAUCGCUCAUGACAAUGGAGUCUCACUCAACGACAGCUACCAGUCCGUGCUCUCGUAUGAGAGUAUGCAGUCAGUGGACGAGAGCUACGAGUUCGUAUCAUUGGAGGCGGACGCGGGCAUGGCGGGAGGGGACGCGCCGCAGCUCGAGCCACGAGCCGAGCCCGAGCUCGAGCACGAGCCGCAACACGAGCCACAGCCCGAGCUCGAGCCACAACCCGAGCCCACGGUGUUCGACCACUACCCACCGCACUCGCUGCGAGAACUAGCUGAGGAGAACGGUAUUCAUUACUUUGAAGACGGACACUUUUAUACAGAGGUCGCCGGUCUGCCGCCCAUAGAAGAGGACGACGACGAUGAUUACUACCCGCCAGUAUUUGUUAAAAGAAAUACCAAAGUUAAAUUUAGCACUGAUCCGAUGCGAGUAUUCUCGACGCACUCGGUCCGUGAGUACGACCGCCGGAACGAGGACGUUGACCCCGUGGCCGCCUCCGCUGAAUACGAACUGGAGAAGAGAGUCGAAAAGAUGCACGUCUUCCCCGUAGACCUGGUCAAAGGAGCGGACGGACUUGGACUGUCUAUUAUUGGUAUGGGCGUGGGAGCUGAUGCUGGUUUAGAGAAGUUGGGUAUUUUCGUUAAAACGAUCACAGAGAGCGGAGCGGCCGCCAGAGACGGGCGGAUACAGGUCAACGAUCAGAUCAUUGAGGUUGACGGAAAGAGUUUGGUGGGUGUGACUCAAGCGUACGCGGCAUCAGUUCUUCGCAAUACAUCCGGCCCCGUCAAGUUUCUGAUCGGUCGGGAGAAGGAUCCUGAGAACAGUGAAGUAGCGCACCUCAUACGACAGUCACUAGCUGCGGACAAGGAGAGGGAAGAAAGAGCUUCUCGCGAGCGACAAAGGAGACAACAGACAGAAGAAGAAGUUAGUCCGCCGGCUGAUGUACGGCAUCCAGAUAUAGUUGACCUCAGGGCGUUACUCAAUGAGGUUGUAGGUAUGGAAGCCGGCGGUGGUAGUAGUCAGGAGAUCAACGCUCGUGUACGUGAGUGGUGCGCCGCGCGGGCUCCGUCCGACCAGUUACGAAGAGCUCUGGCUGCAGCCGCGGAUACAGCGCACAGGGCUCAUCGGAAAUAUGAUAAGGCUCGUCGCGCUCUCCGUGAGUGGCGUCGCACGCGUGCUAUGGUCCGCGCGCGUGAGGAGUGGUGGAGCGGCACCUUGAGGGACGCGCACCGGGAGUACGCCGCCGCACUCUCAGCACUACACGACCGAGUGGCGAGGCUAGAAGUACUUCUACUGGAAACUCAAAAGAAAGCCGGUCUACCCGUCAUGUUACCGCACGAACCCUCGGCCCGACGUGAGACGCCGCCGCUACCUCGCAGACCAGACCCUGAUCCUCUACUCAUUAAUGAUCCCUGGAGUUCGGACAGCGAUCUAUCAGAUCUCUCUCCCAUAGAAGACGAAUAUGCCAAAGUAGACAAGUCAGAAAAGAAGCCGCGGGAAGCUCCCGAUAUAGGUGACGUAACGGUGACAACCACCAACGAUAAUAAACCCACAACCACCAACAACUCUAUAUACAGCACGAUCACUACGGCGUCGUACGCGGUGACGUCCACGACGAACGUCACGGUGGUGACGUCACAGCCCGCCACACAAGCCCCCGCCCCCGCACUACCGCCAAUGAACUCUGUAAGCCACGUGACUGUAACUACGGCAACACCGACCACAGUCACGGAAAGCUUAAGCAGUGCGAACGCCAACGCAGUAUCAACUACAACACUAACAGCGACAUCCAAUACUAGUUCUAACGUGGGUGCGAACGUUGGUAGUGUGGAGGUGACGUCACGGGAGCUGGACGCGGCCGUGCCCCGCGGCGCGCUGCUCGACACGUCCGCACACCGCGCGCGCACAGACCUCGCGCGGCACAGACACCACGCGCCGCUCUCACACUCCGCGCACUCGCCGCACUCGCUCAGCAAUGCGAGCUCUUACGACGGUUUGGAUGAUUCAUACAACGACUCUGCAGAUGAAUCGCUGAGUGAAUCCACAUCGGGGGCACCGCCUCAUGCAUCACAUCAUAUUCAGCGAGACACGCGGCAGAGUUGUGGCAGCUCAAUCGGCAGCGCGACCGACGACGGAAUGUACACACGAGAUACAAGACAUCAUCCGCUCUCAGGUCCGCCGGCGUCCUUGGCAGAGCAGCUCAAGCAGGUGUUAGCGGAGCGUGAGCGGCGGCUGGCCAGCGGAUCCCCCCACCCCGACCCCGUGCAGCUCACCAACGACCUGGUGGACGAGAUACGACAGGCAGUCAGCGAGGCCAACGCCAGAGUGAAGAAAGCUCCGGCUUGUGUAGUCGGCGGUGAGGUGCCGUGGCAGCCGCUGUCUGCGGGGGCCUCCGAGACCAGCCUGUCGCCGGGCCCCCACGGUCCACAAGGUCCUCACGGCCCACAAGGCCCCCACGGUCCACACGUGUCACUCACGUCGCUAGUCGCCUCGCCCCAGCCAGUCAACCUCUGGACUAAGCAACAGGUAUGGCAGUGGGUAUCGAGCCUGGGCGAGGGUCUGGAUCGUCACGCGGGUUCGUUCGCGACGCGCGGCGUGGACGGGUCGCUGUUACUGGCGCUCAGCUCCAGCGACCUCAAGCUGCUGGGGCUGGCGGGGGACGACCGGCGGCGGAUGAAGCGACGCCUCAAGGACCUGCGGGCAUCACACGACAAGUACCUUAAGGCCGUCAAGAAGGCUGAGAAGAAAGCCAAGAAGAAGUAA